AUGGGGAUUGCGGGUGAUUAUAUUCGCAGAACUUCUUCAGCUCCACACUGUUCUGACAGAUUCUUUACUUUGUAUACUUCAAAUGGUGUAGCAGACAGUUCUGCAGAUGUGGAAUAUAUGGACAAGGAAACCCCACUUGAAAUACGUGCUGAUGAAAAUUCAACUGUUGAUCCAAAGGAGGAGGAAAUUAGUCCAUCCAUGACAGAACAUAGAGAGACACAUUUUGUUCAGGUUGGCUCAUGGAAGACAGGAUUGCGUCAACAUAUGCGCAGAGCUUUUUCCACUCCUCACUUUUCUAACUAUGUUUUUCCACUGUGUACUACAAUUGAUGUAGCAGAUGCCUCUACAGAGGCAGAAUAUAUGGACAAGGAAACCCCAAUUGAAGUGAGUGAAAAGAUAUAUGCUGAUGAAAAUGUAACUGCAUCAGGUACCAUACAGAGAAUGCUCUCUGGGAUUCAAACAAGAUCUUACAGUGAUGUCCUUCACAGAGUGAGUUGUCAGCACAGACACCAAAGGGUCCACAGCACAAGGAUACCACCAGACCAGAACCUGUUGGCGAUGGUACUGUUUAUGACCAGUCACACACCAAUAAUGAUGAAAACAGUGAAGCCAAUGACAAGGUGGCUGCUCUUGAAAGUGAAAUCUGUAAGUAACCUAGAAUUCCCUGAAGAAGAAAAACUGUAA